AUGGCUGCGGCCAACAAGAUCGUCAAGGACCACAUUAAGCUGCUGCACGAAUACAACGAGCUGAAAGAUGUCGGGCAAGGGCUCAUGGGUCUUAUUGCUGAUCAACGCGGUCUGAGAAUAAUUGAAGUCCAAGAUGAGUUCGGCAUCGACACAAAUGACUGA